AUGGAAUCUGUCUCUGGCUGUCCAAUGCGGUUUGAGUCUUUGAAGGUCUUCUUUGAAAUAGUGAGAAAUGAAAGACACUUCAAGAUCCAGAUCAUAACUCUUGAGUCCUUGGACACAUUUGAAGCGGCCUUGAAGGCGGAAAAGAUAGCUUAUGCAAAAUACUUCAGUUCUAUGAUUGGGAAGUCCGAAUCACUUUCUAUUAUACUCAAAGACUCGGAUAUAUACCUUCCUAACCCCGGUAGAUACGUCUUGUUCAACAACAUGCGCCAUAGAGAGUUUGUUCAGGUUGUUUUCAUUCCAACUCUAGAGGAAAAGCUUGCUAUAGUUGGGAACAGGUAUAUUGUCGAGGCAUAUAAACACAAGAACAUCAGUGAGCUUUUGAAGAUUGCCGGUGAGAAGGAGACUGAAAUAGAAAGUCAUUUUGGGAGUGGGAUGGACUAUUUUGAGAGUGUGAUAAUGCUUGCUGUGAGGAGCAAAAGUAAGUUUAAGGAAAUCUUAGCUUGCUCUAAAGAGAUAGAUGAAAAGCUAGGAAAUAGCUUUUUCUUGCAGAUGAAACUUAAUGGGCUGGUCCACAAGCAGUUUGUGGUUAGAAACGGAGACAGCUACAGGGUGAAUGUAAGCAAGGCUGUUUUAAGACAUAUAGGUAGGAGGGUGGGGCUUGAUGCAGACUCUGUCGUUUGA